CGUCCAGCCUCCAGCAUGAGCACCACUGUCAGGCAAUUCUCCUCCUCCACCUCCCUCAAGGGGUUCGGGAGCCUGGGGGGAGGCUCCAGCAGGCUCUCCUCCGUGCGUGUUGGGGGAGGAGGCUACAGGGCCCCCAGCGUGCACGGGGGCUCUGGCAGCUACUCCGUCUCUUCCCGCAUGGUGUCGGGGCUCGGCAGUGGCUUUGGGGGCAGCUACUGCAGCAGCGCAGGAGGGGCCCUCGGCGGGGGCUUCGGGGGCAGCUAUGGGGCCGGCUUUGGGGCCGGCUUUGGAGGAGGCUUUGGAGGAGGUUUUGGAGGAGGCGAUGGCAUCCUGCCCGCGGGGGAGAAGGAGACCAUGCAGAACCUCAACGACCGCCUGGCCACCUACCUGGACAAGGUGCGAGCCCUGGAGGAGGCCAACACCGACCUGGAGGUGAAGAUCAGGGAGUGGUACAAGAAGCAGGCGCCUGGUCCUGACCGUGACUACAGCCCCUACUACAGGACUAUCGAGGAGCUCAGGAACAAGAUUCUUUCUGCAACUGUUGAAAAUGCCAACAUCGUCCUGCAGAUUGACAAUGCCAGGCUGGCAGCAGAUGACUUCCGAACCAAGUUUGAGUCGGAGCAGGCUCUGCGCAUGAGUGUGGAGGCCGACAUCAACGGCCUGCGCCGGGUCCUGGAUGAGCUGACCCUGUCCAGAGCCGACCUGGAGAUGCAGAUUGAGAACCUGAAGGAGGAGCUGGCUUAUCUGAAGAAGAACCACGAGGAGGAAAUGACUGCCCUGCGUGGUCAGGUGGGUGGGGAGAUCAGCGUGGAGAUGGACGCUGCUCCUGGCAUCGACCUCACCAAGAUCCUGGCGGAGAUGCGGGAGCAGUACGAGAGCCUGGCCGAGAAGAACCGCAGGGACGCCGAGCAGUGGUUCUUCAGCAAGACGGAAGAGCUGAACCGGGAGGUGGCCAUCAACACGGAGCAGCUGCAGAGCGGCAAGACGGAGAUCACGGAGCUGCGGCGCACGAUCCAGAGCCUGGAGAUCGACCUGCAGUCACAGCUCAGCACGAAAGCAGCUCUGGAGGGCACCCUGGCCGACACCGAGGCGCGCUACGGCACCCAGCUGGCCCAGCUGCAGAUGCUGAUCACCGGCGUGGAGGAGCAGCUGGCCGAGCUGCGCUGUGACAUGGAGCGCCAGAACCACGAGUACAGAGCCCUGCUGGACGUCAAGAGCCGCCUGGAGCAGGAGAUCGCCACGUACCGCCGGCUGCUGGAGGGCGAGGACGCUCACAUCUCCUCCCAGUACUCCUCCGCCAUGUCCUCACACUCUGGCAGAGAUGUCAUGACAUCAUCCCGCCAGGUGCGCACGAUCGUGGAGGAGGUGCAGGACGGGAAGGUGGUCUCCUCCCGCGAGCAGGUCGCACUCACCACUCGCUAGGACAGCCCCUGGCUCAGGGGAGCAGUGAACUGAGCCAAGAAGUGCCCGAGGCCAUGCAUGGUCGGGUUGUGUCCCAGAACGCUCCCUUCACCUGCUCCUCCUGCCUGUGUUGCCCUCAUUCCAUGCGGGUGUCUGUGGACACAUUUAAUAAAGCUUUUUCUCCUCGCUCGUGCAA